AUGGUGUCCCCAGCGAUCGCACUGGCGUUCCUACCUUUUCUGUUGACGCUGGUGAUCCGCUACCGCUACUACUUCGUGCUGUUCUACCGGGCGGUGUUGGUGCGCUUCAUACAGGACUGCCUGAGCGGCCUGUCCAGGGAGGAGCGGGCGUUCCAGUAUGUGCUCACGCACGUCACUCCGGGAGACCCAGACAGCAUCCUCGAGGCUUUCGAUCACUGGUGUAGGAAGGUGGAGUACAUCAGCAACAUAGGACCCAAGAAAGGCAGACUCCUGGACAGGCUGAUAUUAGAAAAUGCCCCUCUGAUUGUGCUGGAGCUGGGCACACACUGCGGGUACGGAGCCGUGCGCAUCGCCCGCUCGCUGCCUCUCGGUGCCCGACUCUACACAGUAGAGAUGGACGAGCGCAACGCCGCUGUGGCCGAGAAGGUCAUCCGAUUGGCCGGCUUUGAUGACGACACAGUGGAGCUGAUUAUAGGCCCUUCAGAUCAAGUGAUCCCUAAACUGCGGGAGGACUUUGGCAUAGAGCGGCUGGACUUCGUGUUCAUGGACCACUGGAAGCGCUGCUACCUGCCUGACCUGCAGCUCCUGGAAGGGAGCGGCCUGCUCGGAGCAGGGAGCGUUAUCUUGGCCGACAAUGUGAUCUUCCCGGGGGCGCCGCAUUUCCUGCGCUACGUCAAGCGAAGCGGGCUCUACGAGUAUCGCAUUCACCGCGCCACCCUGGAGUACAUCCCCGGAAUCCGGGACGGCAUGGCAGAGCUCACCUACAUUGGAGCUAAGUGACAGCGUCACCCACAGGGAAGAGGAGUAACUUAACAUUGAAGUUUUAAAACUUCAAUGAAAUUUAGUCGGGCUGAAAUUAUAUAAAAUAUCUAAACAGUGGACAAGUUUAAAACCUACAACUUUCUCUAAGUGGUACACAACGAGAAAAAAAACUAGAUUGUCUGCUUCGGCCACUUUGUAGUUAUCUCUCAACUGCAUCAUUGAAGAACUUCGUACAGAUGUCCUAGAAGUAAUGUCAACAGACUACAUUGAAACACAUUUAGUUUCAAUUGAAGACCACCUUUGUCAUGUCUUCUGUUCACUGGAUCUCGUUUCAAUGUAGUCUGGUGACGCUACUUACUUUAAUAGUACUCACAAAACCUUCCCUAACCAUUUAAAAACGUUAGCAUUCUUUUAAACCACAAUAUGAAACAAUAUAUUUGAGCAAUGUCAAAGUCAUUUAUGGAAACAGUAAGCCUAUGUUUCUUUUCGUUGUUUUUCGUGUUUGUAACUGUAUUAACCUCAACAUUUAUAAACUUUUAUAAAAGAACUACAUUUCAUGGUUUAAUGUCUUUUUUCCCCAUUUUAUUUAUGGGACAUAUUUUGAAGCCAGAAUGAAACCUUUUUAGUCAUGUAAUUCUAUUUCAAAUUAGAGUUUUGCGUGAAGGGACGUCUUCUCCAUUAGCCUUUUUUAUCUUGGACAAGAAAACGAGAACCAGACAUGUGAUCAUUAAAAAGGAAGUUCAGAAGUUCAUUGUAAGAGGACUGCAAAUAUAUCUUUUUAACUGUUUGAAAAGGAAACAAAAAUCUUGUCCUGUACUUCACAGAUUAAUCCAUCAACGGAAUCCAUUAGGUGAACAUGUAGGACUGGAGACUGAGAACUGUCUAGUGGUGGAUUUAUUUGAAAAUAUGUGUGCAUCACAGUGAUGCUCCACAGUUCCAGGGUCCUGGGUUCAAGUUUGGACUCGGGCAUCUGUCUGUGUGGAUUUUCUCCCGUCUGGUUUCAGCUCCCAUCCUUCUUCCUUAUUGAGAUUAGACUUAAUAUACUAUGGCUGGCCAAUGAAAUAGUAGCUUCCUGUCUCUCUCUGGGAUGGACUUAUGUUAGAAAAGUCAAAUUCUCUCAUUUCCACCUUGUAUCCUGCAUUUCUGGGAUAGGAUGUGACUUUCUGUGACCCACUCAAAGAUAAGUUGCUUUUAGAUAACAGAUGCAUACAUGUGUUUAAAUCAAGCAGAAACUGAAACAUGCACUACAUGUGAAAUGUAUGUAGGUUUGCCUGUACAAAAGCAAUAGUAUGUGCAAAGAUGUCAGGGACAAUAAGGUUGAUCUCGGUAAUAACCUUUUUCAUAGAUUUGCAGAACCUUAUAAAUAAUAAAAUGCACCAAGGUAUAAUAUACAGCAGAUAAGAUUACUUACUUAUCAAUUAUCAAUUAUUAAUUAUCAAUAUCACUGGUUAGCAAAACAAUCUUCAACAUCAAGCACUUCAACAGCUGGAAAACUGUUGACAUUGACAUAAGAUGAUAUGUUGUUCCUGUUUCUUUGGACAACUCCUAUUCUCUUUGUCUUGGUAGCUUUGAAAAGACACCCUUAUACAGGAGUCGGUUGAACUACUCCAUUAUUAAAUAAAAUAAAGACAUGAUCCCUUCACACAUAAAGGCUGACAGUUGCUUACCAUUCCCCAAAUUAAGUGGGAUAUUUUCUUUUCUUUGCUGUAUUUCAUCAUAAAAAAUAAAUUUCAAGGCAUCAAGAAGAAACUAUACACUUUUUGAAUAUUAUUUCCUUUAUAGCUGCUCUGCUACCCUGAUGUAGAGCAAUGCAAGUGGUUUGAUAAAGUCUCUCAAACAGCAUAUAAUUAAAAUGUAUUCUUUCUGAAGGGCAUAAACUACAAUCAAUGCUCUUUUAUCCUAUAAUCCCUUGGCAUUGUAUAAAAUAGGUCACUAUUUUAUAAUGGUGCUUUAUAUUAUUUCUGAUUUAAUUUAGAACAGUUUAUUACAUGUUACCCAGUAGUUACAGAAUUAGAAUGAGGUACUGACACACCUUAACUUUGGUGCAAUUCUGAAGAAGGUAUACACUGAAUGAACUUCACUGUAGCAUCGCUAAUGAGUCCUUGACAUUUUAGCACCUAUUCAUGUAGACCAAACACAGGAAAUGCAAUCAGUUUUGGAAGGUCAGAGUGUUUUCUGCAGUGCCCUUUACUCUUCCUCGGCUCACAUGCCGAGUCUAAACUAGACUCAGAAGCAGCAGUAAUAAGCCAUCGGCCACUGGCUGACAACUGACGUAGCAUUUAAAAAUAUAUACAGAAACACUUACCAGAGCUAUUCUGAUUCUACCAAAGUGGCACACAAUAUCACAAAACCUAAAACGUAUGUCCUCUAGAUAUUGACAUACCAGACAUGAAUUGUAUAUUAGACAAAAUAAUUUGCCUAAUUCUCCACUGAAAAGUGGCACACUGUUUAAAAACAAAAUGGAAAACCCUGUGGCCUGAAGCAGUUUUCCAAUCUGUAUCAAGGAACUGAACAGCAG